AUGUUAAGAAUAAAUGAUACUCUAAAAGUCCAUCCACGUGCCACCUCUUCUUCCCCUUUCACACGCAUACUCCGAAACUACAGGACGGCUUCUAUAUAUAAGAGUAAUUUUUCCAUCACAGUAGCCAACUACUCCAGCUUCUCUGUUUCCAUUCCAAUUUCAACUCAAAAUCGACAACAAAAACUUACUCAAACACAACAUCAAUCCAAUUUCUCAGUCUUUACUCAUCAAUUUCUCUAUAAGGAACAACAUACAUCAAGAUUCAUAAACUGUUAA